ACUUCAGUUCAUUCGCUCCAGAAUCCCCAUCAAUGGCUGCUCCGUUGCCCCUCGGAGGUCUACCGCUCCACCGCCUUCACUACCAUCGGCAACCGCAGCACCACCUUCUCACCUCCGGUCUACUCAAUCGUCGACUACGGUGCAACGACACCUCCGAGUCAAUUAAGUCAGACGCGGACGCAGCUUCUGUGAGCCAGAGCCAGACCGCCGCCGUAUUCAGCGCCAAAGGUCCGCCGCCGUAUCUGAGACGGUUCAGCGCGGAUUACCGGAAAUGGAAGGCGAAAGAAUUGGAGAUACUCAGAGACAUCGAACCGGUCAUUUUGCUCACCAAAGAAAUUCUUCACUCAGAUAGGUACAUGGAUGGAGAACUUUUGACAGCUGAAGAUGUGAAAAUUGUGGUAGAGAAGCUUCUUGCUUAUCAUCCUCGUUUUGAAGAUAAAAUUGGGUGUGGCCUUGAUUCAAUUAUGGUUGAUCGGCAUCCCCAAUUCAAACACUCCAGGUGUCUCUUUGUCGUGAGAAAGGAUGGCAUAUGGAUAGAUUUUUCGUACCAAAAGUGUCUACGACAAUAUAUCCGAGAUAAGUAUCCUUUGCAUGCAGAAAGAUUCAUAAAAGAACAUUUCAAACUCGGUAGCUAAGGUUCCUCCUCAUAAACUCCACCUGAUUUACAUCAUCAAGUUUUACAUUUCUGGCAUAUAUUGCCUCUCCCCCCCAUUGAAUGAAAAAGCUCUAUAGAGUCCAAGCUCCUUUUCAUGGCUGUGUGUACAGAGGAAACUGGUCCCUGGAUUCAAUGACCAACAUAUACCCCCCGUGACACGCAUUUCGUCAAUGAGGUAGAUAUCUGUUGACCACCUAAUUCACAGUGCUUGUUUAGUUUGAUGAUGGGACAAAAGCAGCGAAUGAUUGAAGUAAAUGUUAAUUAGUUGGAAUGCGGAAUUUUGACUGCAUUUUCUUGUCUUUCUUUUGGCACACUUUACCUUGUCAUGCAUGCAUUAUGUUAGUCCUUCAGAAUAGUGCAACAUUCUGCAAAAUGGGUUUCUGCAUAAUAGUGAGUCACACACAGAGUCAUGACAGUGGGCUGAUGGGGUCUUGGUUUAGGUGAGAGUCCUUGAAGAAGGUCACAUCACUGUGAGACAAUAGAUUUGUUUUGCUUCAAUUUCCUCAGAGACAGGGCGUCAAACCCACCCCCCCCCCCCCCCUCGCGUUGGUUGAAAACUAAGCUGUAUACUACUAUACUAUAGCAUUUGAGUUGGUGUGCAUAUCACUAUGAGUUAUUGCAUAUGUUACAUCUGUCACAUAUUCACACUCAUAGUAUCUACUUUCUUGAAUGAAAUGUACUCCGUAUCAGAUUAUGCAGUAGAUCGAGUUGCA